AUGGCUCGCACGAAGCAGACGGCGCGCAAGUCGACGGGCGGCAAGGCCCCGCGCAAGCAGCUGGCCACCAAGGCGGCCCGCAAGAGCGCGCCGGCCACCGGCGGCGUCAAGAAGCCGCACCGCUACCGGCCCGGCACGGUGGCCCUGCGCGAGAUCCGCCGCUACCAGAAGUCCACCGAGCUGCUCAUCCGCAAGCUGCCGUUCCAGCGGCUGGUGCGCGAGAUCGCGCAGGACUUCAAGACCGACCUGCGCUUCCAGAGCUCGGCCGUGAUGGCGCUGCAGGAGGCGUGCGAGGCCUACCUGGUGGGGCUCUUCGAGGACACCAACCUGUGCGCCAUCCACGCCAAGCGCGUCACCAUCAUGCCCAAGGACAUCCAGCUGGCGCGCCGCAUCCGCGGGGAGCGGGCGUAAACUUGAUUUCCUGAUUCUGUGCCAACUUUGAACCCAAAGGCUCUUUUCAGAGCCAACCACUUUGAUCUAUAACAGAUGC